AUGGCCGAUGGCGCUUGCCUGGCCGGGCUGACAGCUCGGCAAGCAAAGUGGCAAAAGCUCAAGGGGACAGCAGAUCCCGGCGGAAGGAGCAAACAAGCAAACCUGCAGCCACGACAUGGUCUUUCGCCAAGUGGCACCUGGGCGGCAAGACGGCGCACGGUGACGUUUGUCGAAGAGCGUCGUGUGAGCCUCGACAUCCCAACCUGCAGCAGGCUACUUACCGUCCAUUAA